CUUGUUAUGAUUUUGUUUAUUUACCGUUCAGCAGACAGAAACGAUACAGACGGCACCGACCAGAGAGAAGGAUCUUUUUUGUGUGCGAGACUGCGAGUUCAAUAGCUUUCACUUUUCUGUUUCCCCAUACCGGUUUCGUUCUAAUCAGUGAAUCUGAAACAUUCCGAAAAAAAAGAACGGCAAUUGUUGAUAGCUGUCUGCGUCUCUCGGUGUCUGCACCAUGUUCCGUCGAUAAGAAUGCCGCUGAUAAUGGGUGCAAACAUUUAGCAUAGAUUUUGGGUUAGUUGAGUUUCGGGGGGUUCUGUCUGGUUUGGUGUUUUGAUCAGGAUGGAGCAGCUAGAGGUCGAGGGUUCCAGCUCGUGUCGCGGGUUGUCCGGUGUGGACAAGUAUGAGUUGGACUGGCGGAACAUUCUGACGAUCGCGAACGAUCGUACCCUGUACGAUCUGCGUCAUAUGGCGGUUCGUGGUGAUUUGAGGGCUUCCCCGUUCCGGAGUUUGUGCUGGGCAGUGUUUUUGGAUGCGUUGAAGCCGCCAUCGUCGGAGUGGGUUAAACAGAGGGAAGCUCAUCGGGAAGACUAUCUCCAGUUGAAGGAUCGUUACAUGCUGAAUCCGCAUCUGAAUACAGACGGCAGCGACGAUCCGUUGUCACAGUCUAGCGAGAGCCUUUGGAAUCAGCACUUUUGUGAUCAGGAACUGUGCGCUGUGAUAAAGCAGGACGUGGUGCGGACCUUCCCAGGGGUUGACUUUUUCCGAAAGGCGCCAAUUCAGGCCAUGAUGACGAACAUAUUGUUUUGCUACGCGAGGCGAUAUCCGACGAUGUGCUACCGGCAAGGGAUGCACGAAAUAUUGGCGCCGUUGAUUUUUGUGAUUCAUAGUGACCAGCAAGCGAUGGCGCACAUUCAGGAGCUGGAUCCGACGGUGGACCCUAAUCUCGUUACAAUAUUGAACCCUUCACAUCUAGAGGAAGAUUCCUUUUCAAUCUUCUCGCAAAUCAUGGACCGCAUUGCGUCCUUUUACCGCAUAACGGACCUCGUCCCGACGGCCACCGGUUACUUUCCGGCCGUGGCAGCGACAACCACGCCUGCCACGCCACCACCAGAGCUUACCGGAACGACGGUUCCCGUCAAGCGGAAACCCGAAAUCGAGGUGGUUGAGCAGCUAAACUACAUCAAGGACAAAAUCCUGAUCAAGGAGGAUCUGCACCUGCACAACCACCUGCUUAAGCUGGACAUUCCGCUGGCGAUCUUUGGCAUCCGGUGGCUGCGGUUGCUGUUUGGGCGCGAGUUUGCCCUGCAAGAUCUGCUGCUGCUGUGGGACGCCAUCUUUGGCGAGGGCGAGCAGCUGAGCUUGGUGAAUUAUAUCGUGGUGGCGAUGCUGAUUCGGAUACGGGAUAAGUUGAUCUACAGUGACUACACCACGUGUUUGACCUAUUUGAUGCGUUACCCAACGAAUGUGGACAUUUCGCUUAUAAUCAAGCACGCGCUACACAUGAAAGCACCCAAGAUUUACGAACGCCCUGCAGGCGCCAUGAUUUACGUGUCCUCUCCGUCGACAAGGCGACCACUGCCACAGCCUGUGAUGCGUUCCAAGAACAUUGAGAUGGACUACCUAAAGUACUCGACGCUGCCAAACGUGCACCAGAAGCGCCAACAGGUCCAGGAACAUCCACUGCAGGCGCCGCGAUCUUCAACCGACGAACGUCACCGUACCUCUUCUCUACCUCGAAACGUUGGCGGUAGUUCGGUGAGGAAAGCCUCAGCGUACGAGCUGCGACAGAAGGCAGCCAUCGCUGCAAAGAGAGCCGCCGCCGCGUCCAACGUUCACGGUGAGGUCAUGCGGGACUCGAGCAUCAGCGACGGCUACCUGGAAGACGAUCCCGAGCUGCUAAAAAUCGAACUGCAAGAUGCGUACAACAUCAUGUCCGUUAGUCGGGCCAAGCUUCUGCAAUAUCUCGCGGUUGUGCGACGCCACGUACGGCCAGGGAACCCCACGGGAGAGUUGCAACAGUCGCUCGAAGGCAUCGAAGAGAUCUGCUCGCUGCUGAAGCCCCGCUACGACACCGUCUUCCGAACACCGGUGCCGAUCGACGCCGCCACGGAAGCCAACGAAGAUCACAGCCGAUCCGCAACAGGCCCCGCUCCUCCCUCGACCGCCGCGCCUCAGCGUACCCAAACGCCCCCAACCAGCCUUAACCUGCAGCGAUCGUACAACUACGACCUGGACUGUCGCCGGAACAGCGCCGCUUCAAUCUCGCAGUAUGAAAUUCCCGAGGAUCUUUACAGCGGGAUCGCGACGAAAAAGCUCGCCAACCGGAAGGAGGUCGAGAUGCACGUGUUCCAGCAGGACUUUAAUGACAGGCAGCGGCGCGUCGACGACAAGGAGAUGCCCGCGGUGAAUCCGUUGCGAGAGGAACGCCGCAACUCGGACUGACGACGUCUAAACCAACUAGUAUUGCCUAAAAAGCGCUAUUGUUAACACUUUUCUAUUGCGUGAGCGGAGGGGGGUUGGGAAGUGUCCUUAUUAGUGUCCCGCGAGCGCGCACCAUCUCAAGAAUGACAUCAAUAAUUUAUGCGAACAAAAAACUCUUUACAUUCGUGCUUUAAUUAUGUUUAUUCGAACAUAUAUCUUUAUCUGGUUACAGUCGAAAUUGUAGUGAAACAGUUGAUCAAAAUGUUUUUUAACGCUUCAAUAAAAACACACACGACUUGUGUUCUGC